AUGAGUAAGCUACACCUAAAUUUUCUGGCGGCCUCUGCCACUGGUCAUGAGGACUGCUGUCGAUUUUUGACGUGCCCUCCUCUUCAGCGCCUGACCAUCGCACGGGUCCUCCUCGUCGCCACGCGUUGCGCAGAUGACUCCGUUAGCGACUUCGCGACCGCUGCACGCGAGGAGGCGGAGCGCCGCGUCGCCGAGCCCGAGACCACCACGUCUAGGAAGCGCUCAUGGGAUAUGCUCGACGCCGCCAUCCGUGCACUCGAGGUGGAGGCCAGGGAUGCCAAGAUGAGGCUGGACGCGAUCGCCCAGCUCCCACGAAGAACCCAGAGGAUGUUGGGGUGGUAUGCCAAACAAUUUCUGCAUCCUGACAUUGUUGCCCGCUACGACUACAUAUUUAUCUGGGAUGAAGAUCUUGGUGUCGAACAUUUUAAUGCAGAGGCGUACAUUAAGCUUGUUAGGAAGCAUGGGCUUGAGAUCUCUCAGCCUGGUUUGGAGCCUGAUAAAGGUUUGACAUGGCAAAUGACUAAACGAAGAGGUGAUCAGGAAGUCCACAAAGUAACUGAGGAGAGACCUGGCUGGUGUAGCGACCCUCACCUGCCACCAUGUGCAGCGUUUGUUGAAAUAAUGGCAACUGUAUUCUCAAGGGAUGCAUGGCGCUGUGUAUGGCAUAUGAUUCAGAACGACUUGGUCCAUGGAUGGGGCCUUGAUUUUGCUCUUAGGAAAUGUGUGGAGGUAUAA